AAUGCAUAUGUCAUUAAAUAGCGAUUUAGGGUUAGGAUAUGGAUCAAAAGUUAGAGUAGGUUAGGUCGUUCGGAGGAUUAGAUGAGGUUAGAUUAGCUGUCGCGCGCGUACGCGCUGAAGUCGAAGUUUUCAUUUAGACGCUCGCUACAAGACGAGCGCUACACAAACACGCCCACAUAAGUGCUGUAACGAGCUUAUCAUGUGUGUAUUUUGCACACGCAGCGCAGUCGCGCGUAUUCGCGCUCGCACAAAACGACAUCCAUAACCUGCCCGUGUGAUAAUAAUAAUAACGACAAGGUAUCGACACUUCGGCGACGCUUUAUCGCCCUCUUGCGAAAUGGGAGCUUAUCAAGAUAUCAUCAUGCUCAUUCGACACGACUGACUUAUCGAACAAAUACAUCGAUAACUGUGCUCCUCGAUAAGAAUGCAGACGCAUCGUUAAAAUGACUCUGUUAAUUACACUGUGAUUACGCUGGAAUUUCGGGGAGAUCGCAUUCGAUCGUGUAGCCGUCGUGGAGAGAGAGAAAUCGUCGCCAGACACAUACAUACACACAUGCUGCGCAAACAGAAAGAUGAAGCUGACUCGUUAAUCGUUGAAAGAUGGCACAGGACUUGAAUACACUCUGCCACAGGAAAUCGACGCGUUGCAUGAAGGUCCCGCUGAAGUCGACCGAGCAGAUAUACCUGAUCUUCCUAGUACCAGCAGUGAUCAGCUGCUUCGUAUACAUAGUGCACUUCUCCGCCGACCUGGUGGUAGCUAUUCAACACUUCAAGGAGAACAAUCCAUUAUGGGGAUCCUGCACUCUCAUAAUCAUGUACGCACCGGCGCUCGUGUAUUUUAUACUGACGAUAUCAAGGCCAGACUGGUGGAUGACAGAUGACGAUAAAGUGUCCAAAGGCGUUCUCGGCUGGUUCGCCCUCCAAAUGUGCCACUUCGUAGGAUUUGUGUUUUUCGCGUUGUACAGAUACGCAGGACUGAUCGUAUUAUCUGUGGACGCCAUCAAGUUAACCGGCGAUGCAAGGAUGAAAACACUGAACCUAGCCGCGGCACCUGCGGCCAUUGAACUGUACUUCUUCCUGCAGGCAUGGUUCCAAGCUGCUCCCCAGGCUGUCCUCCAGACCUACCUGCUCUUCAAGCAGAACCCUAUGCACCGCAGCUAUCAGUCGGUAAUGGUGCACGUAGUUUGCAUCCUCAUGUCUGUCGUAAUACUGGCCAUUCAGACAGCCUCCUUCCAAAGAUUCGAAAGCCAACGUUUGAACGGCAGAAGGCUACCGUGGGCGAUGUGGCUGAAAAAAUACUGCGUCAAGGAAAUGGAGAGCAUCGAAGAACGGGCGCCGUUGCAGGCGGCGUUACCUGCGAGGGAUCAGGACAGAACAAAUGCACCGUCCGAAUCCACUCCACCGAAGGACGACGAGACGAAGCCGGAGGUGACAGUCCCCGGGAGCGUGCAGCAGCAGCCGUCCCCGGCGCAGACGGAGUCACACCGCGCUUUCUUGGACCGUCAGAUCUCGGUGACGCCGCCGUUGCCGCCGAAGAACGCGCACGUCACCCCGCCGCCGACGCCGCUUCGCGGCAUCACUACGGUCGCGCCACUACCGAUACCGGACGCGCCCGCGCCUCCUCGACCCGACUCCGUCCACAGGGAGUCGCAGCACGAGGCGAACGCCGAGGCGAAUCAGCAGCAGCAGCCGGCGAUGGACAACCCGCCAAGUCUGAAGGUGCCCACACGCAAGUACUCCGAGAAAGGUCUCGAGGAGGACGACCCGGUGGGCAAGUUCCUGGCGUUCCUCUGGUGGUUCCUCUUCAUCCUGGCGCGCGUGCUGGCCAUCGUCGUGGCCUACGAGUUCUACCCGAUUUCCGUGAUCGCUACCUUGGCCGUGCACUACGCCGUGAUGCUGAUCUAUCUUUUCUACUACGCCAAGUACUACGACGCGAUCACGUUCUUCGUAAAUCUCUGGCUCGGUCUGGUCUACGUGUUCAGCUUGAUCGAGUACAGGGUGAAGUUCAAGUACGCUGACAAAUGGACCCUGCCGUAUUAUGUGUUCGUAAUCGUGCAGAACAUAGCGCUGACCUUGACGUGGUUUAUCCACGCCAACUGGGAUGGGUUCUGGUACCCUUACACGGUCUUCGUGAUCGUCGGCUGCACGGUGCUCUGCGUCUUGUCGACCGCAGUUUACCGGUCGUUGUAUAAGCCAAAGAAAUGCAGGGUGUACAGUAGCUGACGAUCACUGGAGGCCUUGCCAUUCGGAUAAGCCUACCCCGGGCGACUCCCCCGAAACUUCCGCUUUUUACUUACCCGACUUUUCUUAAGAAAAUGUCUAGACUGCUUUGUGUUCAAGACGAUGUUUUGAGAGACUUUUGUCAGUAUUCUGCGCGUAGACAGACAGACAGACACACACACAUACACACACACACACACAAUCGUACGUGAAACGUAUAUAUAUAUAUAUAUAUGUUUAUACGUAAUAUCGUUAUAAAUUACAAUGUCAACUCUACUCUUACAUACUACUUUUAGAAUCAAACGAUUCGAUGUAGAAAAUGACUCUUCUUCGUAGACUACUUCUAGGCAGCACGUUCCGCUCCUUAACUGUGUACUUUACUUAUUCAUAAGGAGAUAUAUUUACAAUAUUACAUAUAUUUGUAUAAAAAAGAAGAGUGGCCCUAUAUGUAAUGUAUGCUCACGUAAUAGGCGCCACUCUUUAAAUGUUGUUAGAAUAUCUGUGAGAAUAUCGAAAACUUUUUCCCCUCUUUACGUCCAGCGACAUCCGAACGUAAACCCUCGCUCACACAGGAUACGAGAUCCUUCUUUGAAUAAAACGAAACUGCAGCCUAGUGUCGCUCAAGUAGCACCGCGAGUCUGUUGCGUCCGUUCGCACUAGUCUUGAUUCGCUACGCAUGUUUUAUAUAUUGUGACGUGACAGAAUUAAUUACGAAGGUCCAACCGGGGAAGAAUUCGCGCCACUCCGCCCACGACGGGAACGGCCGGAGUUCUUUCGCUUUUUUCUUGUUAGUAAAAUUUCGGAGCUGAAUUUUAACGUCGCAGGAUGCUAUGUUGAUUGCGCGCGAAUUCCUCGGGUUCCGCGGCUCGGAUGAGUUUUUUUUUUUCGGUUGCAAGUCGAUCGGAAAAACUUGCUGAGAUGCCGCAUUGCGGCCCAGAGUAUCGAGGACGUUUUGGAUACUGAAAAAGAGAACGAAAUCUAGACAACGGCGAAGAUUUUGCAUUCUGAGGAGAGUGAAGGUCCUGCAAGGGCAGUGGGACAAUCCGUGUCCAGCCACGGCUCCUUCGUUUGCGAGUCGCGUUGAGAGUGUCCGUAAAUAAUUUCGCGUCGGUGCUCUCAGGUUGUCUGUCGAUUUCCGAGCGCGCCAAAUGGCCAAACCGGAAACAACGACAGCCACGUAGUCAUCGUGUCAUUCGUGUCUGGUUCGUCACAUUUCUUUCUAUUUCUCUCUUUUUUUUUCUUUCAAGUUCAUUCGUCUGUAGCGUCGGAGAUAAUUAGUAUCGCGUUGAAUAUUUGCAUUCGUUAACGCCUUUGCAGGUAACAAAUGUUUCAUCGCGGCCGAUUAUUCUUCGACCGCAAGGAGAAUAAUCAGCUGUGAUCGAUCAAUUUCCUUUAUGGAACUAACGGUUACAGAGAAAUCGCGUGGUAUCAACCAGAUUUAACGGUAAAAUACGGAACAACUAAUCAUGUGGUUGCUGCAACUGCAGCAGUACAAUCAGUCGCGCGUAAUCGUCGUUUCUGCUCGCGUCGGUUAUCUUCGAAAAUAGUCACCGUCGUGGUCGCUUCUAUCGGUGCUCAAAGCGAGUCGGGAAGAAUCGAAUUUAC